AUCAAGCACCUAGGCGUGUAGACUGCUUCUACAAACAUUUGUGAAAGAAUGGGUCGCUCUCAGGAGCUCAGUGAAUUCAAGUGUGGUACCGUGAUAGGUUGCCACCUGUGCAAUAAGUCUUUUUGUGAAUUUCCUUGCUACUAAAUAUUCCACGGUCAACUGUUAGGGGUAUUAUAACAAUGUGAAAGCAACUGGGAACAACAGCAAUUCAUCCACAAAGUGGUAGGCCACAUAAAAUGAAAGAGCAGGGUCAGCGCAUGCUGAAGCAUACAGUGCGCAGAAGUUGCCAACUGUCUGCAGAGUCAAUUGCUAAAGACCUCCAAACUUCGUGUGGCCUUCAGAUUAUCACAACAACAGUGAGUAGAGAGCUUCAUGGGAUGGGUUUCCAUGGCCGAGCAGCUGCAUCCAAGCCUUACAUCACCAAGUGCAAUGCAAAGUGUUGGUAGCAGUGUUGUAAAGCAUGCCGGCACUGGACUCUAGAGCAGGUACUUGCCUGACUGCAUUGUGCCAAGUGUAAAGUUU